CGAUGUGCUCGCUGGGCCUGUUCCCGCCGCCGCCGCCCCCCGGCCACGUCGCCCUGUACGAGAGCAACAACGCGCUGGUGUGCGGGCGGCCCGCGCCGCUGCCGGGACACCUGGCGGCGCUGCCGGUGCUCACCCUGCCCCGCGAGGCGCUCAAGGCGCCCGGCCGCUCCGAGCCGGGCACCAGGCCGCCCUUCAUCCACCAGCGGGAAUCCCUCUGGAAGCGCUGCCUCCGCGCCUGGAGGGACGUGGGGCUGCGCGGGGUGCUCAGCGAGGUGGCCGGCGCCGAUGAUGAAGCGCUGCACUGGGUGACGACCGGCUCCCGCUGGGCGCUCGCCCUGUGCCACCGCGUGGCCUCGCUCCACGGCUCCCUCUUCCCACACCUCUCCCUGACCAGCGAGGACAUGAUUGCUGAGUUCUCCCAAGCCGUGGACUGGGCCGGCUGCACCAUCCGCGCCUUCGCCUGGCACCCCCACGCCAGCAAGUUCGCCGUGGCUCUCGUGGACGACUCCAUCCGCGUGUACAACGCCAGCAGCGCCACCGUCCCCACGCUGAAGCACCGGCUGCAGAGGAACGUGGCCACCAUGGCCUGGAAGCCGCUGGGCGCCUCCGUCCUGGCCGUGGGCUGCCAGAGCUGCGUCCUCGUGUGGCACCUGGACCCCACGUCCCUGUCGACGCGCCCCUCGUCUGGCUGCGCCCAGGUGCUCUCCUACCCCGGGCACAGCCCCGUCACCAGCCUCGCGUGGGCGCCCGCCGGGGACCUCCUGCUCUCCGCUUCGCCCGUGGACACGGCCAUGCUGGUGUGGGACGUGUCCACCGAAAGCUGCGUCCAGCUGCAGUGGUUCGGGGGCGGCGGCGUCACCUACUUGGCCUGGUCCCCUGACGGCAGCAAGGUCCUGGCGGCCACCCCCUCGGCCGUGUUCAGGGUGUGGGAGGCGCAGACGUGGACAUGCGAGCGGUGGCCGACGCUCCGAGGGCGCUGCCAGAGCGGCUGCUGGAGCCCCGACGGGAGCCGCCUGCUCUUCUCCGUGCUGGGCGAGUCCGUCAUUUACUCCCUGUCCUUCUCCGAGUACAGCGGGGAGAUGCAAGGACAGGUGGGGGGAUCCAAAACGGCUUCCAUCGUGGCCGACCUGUCGGAAACCACCUUCGAGACGCUCUGCGGCGAGGAGAGGAUCGGCGGAGAGGUGACGGCCAUGGCCUGGGACCCCAGCGGGGAGAGACUCGCCGUGAUCAUCCGUGGGAAUCCCGACGUUCCCGAGAGCUCCACAGUCAUCGCCGUGUUUCGCACCCGCAACAGCCCCGUGUUUGAGCUCCUGCCGUGCGGGUUCCUGCGGGGCGAGCAGGACGCGCGGCCGCAGCUCAUCGCCUUCCAGCCCUGCUUCAAGCAGGGCGCCCUCCUCACCGUGUGCUGGUCCACGGGCAGGAUCAGCCACGUGCCCUUCUUCUUCGUGAGCGCCCGGCCGCCCGGCGGCAGCCCCGGCCGCAGCCCCGUGGCCAUGGCCAGCGCCAGCGUGCGGGAGCAGCCCCUCUUCUCCGAGCUCUGACGGCCUCGCAGGCUCCUCCAGCGCCUCUUCCCAACCUCCUCUGAUCCCGACGAGAUCCUGGGAUGCUGCUCUGCUGCCUCGGGCACCACUGACCUCGGAGCGGCAUGUGGAGAACGGAUUAAAGAUCCCCACUUUCUAUUCGC